AUGUCGCCGGCAACGGUUCCCUGCCAGUAUCGUACGGGCAAAACUCUUGGCAGCGGGACGUAUGCUAUCGUGAAAGAGGCCAUCCACAUCAAGACUGGCAAGUACUAUGCUUGCAAGGUCAUCAACAAGAAGCUUAUGGAGGGCAGAGAGCAUAUGGUCCGCAACGAAAUCGCAGUCCUCAAACGCAUCUCGAGCGGAAACCCUAACAUCGUGACGUUGCAUGACUACUUCGAGACCUCCCACAACUUGUACCUCUGUUUCGACUUGUGCACAGGAGGAGAGCUUUUCGACCGAAUUUGUGCUCGAGGCAACUAUUACGAGGCCGAUGCUGCCGACCUUCUGCGGACGAUCUUCAAGGCCGUUGCGUACAUUCAUGCGGCCGGCAUUGUUCAUCGCGAUCUGAAGCCUGAAAAUCUUCUAUUCCGCACCCCCGCAGAAGAAGCCGAUAUCAUGAUUGCGGACUUCGGCCUAAGUCGUAUAAUGGAGGAGGAGAAGUUGAGCUUGCUCACUGAAGUUUGUGGCACACCGGGAUAUAUGGCCCCAGAAAUCUUCCUGAAAUCGGGUCACUCAAAGCCAGUUGACGUCUGGGCAAUGGGUGUGGUCACAUAUUUCUUGUUGGCCGGAUAUACCCCGUUCGACCGUGACACUCCCAAGGCUGAAAUGGAGGCCAUCAUCGCUGGUGAGUAUCGCUUCGAGCCGGAGGAGUACUGGGCAAAUGUCUCCGAAACUGCUCGUGACUUUGUUCGCGCAUGCUUAACCAUCGACCCCAACAAGCGGCCGACUGCCCAAGAAGCUCUGGAGCACAAGUGGCUUGCCUCUACGACCCCACAUUUCGUAUCUACGCCAAGUGGUGGCCCAACCGACUUGCUCCCCCAUGUCAAGAAAGCUUUUGAUGCUAAGCGAACAUGGAAGAAAGCAGCGUUCAGCAUCCGUGCCCUCAGUAGGAUGACGUUGCUAGCUGGAACGCACCCACUUGGGAAAGAGGCUCAGGUUCUCAGUGAAAAUGUCCGGCAGUAUAAAGAAGAGAGCGAGCAGGAGAUUAUGGAGGAAGCUUCGAUUACCCAUCACCACCUUGAAGAUGGCUCGCCUCCCCCAACGUCGCCAUCCGGCGAGGUGACCGCAAAGCUGCAAAGCACAAAUCUGGACGAAUGA